AUGGUGUUUGGUGGUGAUCUAAGGCAGAUAUUACCAGUUGUACCAAAGGGAACGAGGCAAGAUAUCGUGUUUGCUACCGUUAAUUCGUCUUACUUGUGGGAUUCCUGUAAGGUUCUAACACUUACUCGCAAUAUGAGACUAAAAUCAGGUUCUUCGAAAUCUUCUGCUGAUGAAAUGCGAGAAUUUUCAGAGUGGAUAUUAAGUGUAGGAGACAGAAAGGCUGGAGGUCCUAAUGAUGGCGAAGCCAUAAUUAAGUUUGCAAAAGAUAUUCUUAUAGAUCCAGGUUUCGAUCCAAUUUCAACAAUUGUUGAUAGCACUUAUCCAAACCUACAUGAUCAUAUUUGGGAAGCUAAAUUCUUCCAGGAAAAAGCAAUUUUGGCGCUAAGAAAUGAAAUAGUGGAGAUAGUCAAUGAUCAUGUUCUAUCUACCAUUCAUGGAGAAGAGAAAGUGUAUUUAAGUUCGGACGCUAUAAGCAAAGAAUAG